AUGCUAAUGAGCAUGUGCAGAGUGAGUGUCACCGCUGUAGCUUGUUGUUGAUUGGAGAAAUUGAUUAUAGGGUUGACAAACCGACCUCUGUUACAACUCCACUCUCUCAUACUGUAUAUAAGGGUGGAAACCACAGAGACGCAUAAACAAUAACAGUAAAAAUGAACUUGCAAUUCAUCAUGCUUAGGGAACUGAAAUAUUCAGAGUAAAUGAACUAAAGAUGGAAGUAAUGUCAUGCUAUAUCCGGGUCGUAUAUCAUUUCUAACUUUAAUAGUCACAGACAAACCACAUACACUUACCCACAGUGUAUUAAUAACUGCCUGUUGCACACUCAGCUCUGUAUUGAACACAAGCUUUGGGUGAUAGGUGUGUCUAAGAGUGACAGUGAGAUACACUUCCUCUUCACGCGAUGGUGAAAGCGCGGUGGCCAACCUCCUGCUUUAGAGGAAGAGAAGUGUACUUAGAACAAAUGUGUGAGGAGAGAAAGAGUCACAUGUCCGCUUCAGGGCCUGCUCAAAUGGUAGCACAAAUCUAAAGAGUGACCCGGUGCUGCUGGGUUUGGAUCUUGGAUCUAUCUUAAAAUCAUCAGCAUCUUUUGUGAAGUUGAUGGGAGUAAUGAGGAGGUGAAGAUCCACUCUGAUGUCUGCUGGUGGUUCGGGGAUGGACGACUCGAUGGAGGAGACGACAGCGGCCGCACCAUUACGGCAACCGAAGGAAGGUGGUGUCCUAACUAGACAGCCAGCGACGAAACGCUACAGUGAGAUUUUACGGGACUUUGAUAACUUGGAGCUUUCCUUAGUGAGCAGCACGUCUGUCGAGGAGCUACUCGGAGACCCUGAUGUUCAGUCGCUCUCAGAAACAGUAGACGCAACACUGGAUGAUUUGUCUAGUGAAGAUGUGGACAACACACUGGUCUGUCCUGAUGGAGAAGAAAAAGAUGGUAGCAUGUCGGCCCAGGAUUCUGAUGUGACCAUGUGUCGCUGCGAGGGCGGCGUGGAGCUCGCCUUACAGUACUCCAAGAUGUGGUGCCGCUACGCCAAGGACCUCCUCACCUGGAUAGACAAGAGAAUCAGCCUGGAGCAAGAAUUUGCCAAGAAUAUCAUGAAGGCAGCGGAAACAACGAAGUCUUGUAUUGCUCAGCAGGACCUGAUGCCGCUGCAGUCGAUCUACAGCAUGGUCCUGGAGCAGGACAUAAAGAGCAGCAUAUCAGCCAAACAGACCACUGAGCUUCUACAGCUACGCUGUUACCAGGCUUUGUCUGCCAAGAGGAAUGAGAUUGACAAGUGGCGUCGGGAGUUUAAAGAGCAGUGGACAAGGGAGCAGAAGAGAAUGAACGAUGCGGUUGCGGCGCUAAAGCGAGCUCGACAGCAGUACCUCCAGCGCUGUGAGGAGCUGGAGAAAGCCAAAGCCAUGACGGCCAAAGGAGUCGACGAACUCAGUGGCACAAAGACCCUGGACAAGAGGAGGAAGUCUCAAGAUGAGGCUCAGUCCAAGGUUUCAGAGGCUGAAGUGUUAUACAAGCAGUGUGUGAGCGAUGCGAAGGCUCAUCAGGACGGGCUGGAGAAAGUGAAGGAGAGGAUCAUCGUCCACAUCCGCAAGCUCAUCUGCCAAGGAGACAACGUGCUCAAAGAGGUGACGGUGAACAUGUUCUACUACCAGAGACAGCAGAUGGAGCCGAUCCCUUUAGGAUACCAGAACCUGGAGCUGACCUGCAGGCCGUGUGAGCCCGGAGAACCCUACCUGCUCUACAUCUCCAGGAAGUGCGGACCUGAGCAGCCCCUUCAGGUCUUCACCUUCCAGGAGUUCAUCCCUCAGAGCAAGAGAACUCGUAAAGUGAGUAACGCCCUGAUGCCGGUGCAGGACUCGUCUCCUCUACCCGAGGACAUGAAGCGCUACAGUGAUGGAAGACGCAUUGGAUACAGUGACAGUGACAGCAUCGGAGGAAGCCUGGAGUCUCUCUCCAGUCCAGCCCAUAUGAAUAAGCUGCCGAAAGCUCCAUCUACUGGAACUGUGUCUUCUGAUGACCUGGACGAGAGAGAACUGAGCAUUGAAGCUGAGAGUUCUGAUCCUCUGAACGACAGUAACGGUACCUACUCUAAGGUUCGCACCACGUCCCGAGCUGCUCUCACUCACCGCCUCAAGAAAACAAAGAGCAAAAUGCAAAAGUGCAAACUGUGCGACAACUUCAUCCUGGUCAACGGCAUCGAGUGUGAGGAGUGUGGCUUCGUGGUGCACAGGAAGUGUCUGGACCUGUGCCACAUCGAGUGUGAGCGCAGGAGGGGGGUUCUCUUCGGGGUGGAGUUCUCCUCGUUGCCCAGAGAUCCGCCGCAUGAUGUUCCCUUCAUUGUGCAGCGCUGCACUGAAGAGAUCGAGAGUCGAGCACUCACAGUGCAGGGUGUUUAUCGAGUUAGUGGAUCCAAACCCAGAAUCCUGAAGCUGUGUCACGCUUUUGAGUCCCAAAAAGACCAGGUUGACCUUUCGGACCUCUCACCCCACGACAUCACUUCCGUUCUCAAGCUCUUUUUCAAAGACCUUCCUGAGCCGUUACUCACCUUUGACCUUUACAACGAGUUCAUCAACGCUGGAAAAGACAUUCAGCGGCUCACUGAGAGAGACCAUUCAGCUGAGAGUGCUCAGAUAGUGGAGAACAUAGUGAGCAAUCUGAAGCAGAUUCUAGCUCGACUUCCUCCCUGUAAUUACAGCACACUGCAGUACAUGAUGGCUCACCUGUACAGGAUAUCUGAGUGUGAAGAGAAUAAGAUGUCUCCCGGUAACCUGGGCAUCGUGUUCGGCCCCACUCUCCUGCGCCCCCUUGUGUCAGGCGACGUGUCCAUGAUCGCCCUUUUGGAAAGCAGUUACCAGGCCCUGCUGGUGGAGUUCAUGAUCUCACACCAAGAAAAAAUCUUUAGCCCUGAUCCGAGGAUGUGCAUACCUCUUCCACCUUUACCCACCAUCCCAUCCCCAGGGACGGAGCCUGACACGGCUGAUGUGUGUGGAGCCUCGACCAGAGAACGGCCGCGGUCUCUCGAGUCGUGGCUAUGAGGGACAUUCCAGCCUCUGCGUGGGGUCACUCUGAAGGUGCACUUGUGGACCCAGUCGAGUCGUGAAGCAACCUAGGUAGUGUACUCCGACGAGAGAACUCCAAUGAGGAACGUGGUGCUACAAAUCAGCGGGAAUUCUGGGAGGUUGUGCGUGUACGACAGCUGCAGCUCUGCAGCACUAGAGACUAGAGAAAAAUAAACACCUCCACCUCCAGCAGUGGCCAUGCCCCUCAGCACUGUGAAUCCUGAACCAAACAUUGCCAUUAGGACAGAAAUGAUGGAUAAACGACGGGGGUCACCUGGUUUAUGAGAGUGGUACAGUCCACAGGAAGUGACCUGACGGAUAUGGAGACACAGGACCAUUUUGUCCAGACACCUGAGAAGAAGCAGCUCAAGAAAAGAUGAACAAAUCCAUUUUGGAAGAAAUAAGCAGCCAUCUGCUGAUGCAUUGUUAGAAAAUAAGGUUCCUUAAGGGUUCUUCAAGGGUUCCUUGGAUAAUUGUGGGUUUGUAGCUUCCGAAAUGGUUCUACAAGGAAACACUGAAUAAAUGAUUAGCUCUUCAAGGUUACGUUUAACGUGGUUUAAGAUACAUACGUGCAUAAUUAUACAAUUUUUUUAACACAAUAUGGCUUGGCUGUCUUAAAUUAUUGUGCAUUUCAUUUAACAUAGAACCCAGCGCUAAGAUUCUUCUAGCAGUAUUAGCUUCUUGAUAAAACUUUUGCAGAGACGUGAUUCCAUACUAACUCUCUAAGUCAUCCUUAAUUACUGUAUAAGACAGGAAAUAAUUUUAGGAAUAUUUUAGGGCAGCAUGCAGUUCAUGGAUAAUAAUUGUUCUAUUUUGCAUAUUUGAUUUUUGCAGACUGUCAAAAAAAAAAAAUUAUGUUCCCCAGCGGAACCUAAAUAUAUUUUUGUACAAAGAACAAACUGAGUUUUUGGCAGAAAAAAAAAAAUCUAUGAUUUAAUUUAUGUAAGAUUCUCCAGAGAUUCCAGAAAAUUCUACUUUUGUGUUGCAUUUGCAUGUGUGUGUGUGUGUAUGUGUGUGUGUGUGAGUUUCCUCCUGGAUCUCUGGUUUCCUCCCACUGUCCAAAAAAACAUGCCAGUGGAGUGCCAAUGCUAAAUCACCCCUAGGUGUGAAUGAGUGUGUGUGUGAAUGAGUGUGUGAAUGUGUGUGGUGCCCUGUGAUGCACUAGCAUCGCAUCUAAGAAGUAUUCCCGCUUUACGCCCAGUAUUCCUGGGAUAGGCUCCGAUACCAGCGCAUCCCUGACCAGGAUAAAGUUCUUACUGUAGAAUGGUUUCAAGAUACAAGGUGUGUAGCGUGAUAUUUAGUUUUGCUGAGAUUAAAGUUGUAACACAGUGA